AUGUGUUCAAAGACUAUUGCUGACUGUGUUGAAGCUCUUAUAGGAGCAUACCGCGCUGGUGGUGGAUUGAUUGCUUCACUUCACGUGAUGAAAUGGCUUGGAAUUGAUUCGGAACUUGAACUAUCCAUGGUUGAAGAAGCCAUUGCUGCUGCAUCUCUACAUACAUAUAAGCCAAAAGUAAAUGAGAUUGCAAGCCUGGAGACAAAAAUUGGAUACGAAUUUUCUGUCAAGGGACUCUUAGUGGAGGCAACCACACAUUUAUCUGAGACAGAACAUGGAACUGGCUGCUACUAUGAGAGGCUUGAAUUCCUCGGUGACUCGGUGUUGGACCUUCUCAUCACAUGGCAUCUAUAUCAGAGUCACACUGAAAUUGAUCCGGGAGAGCUGACUGAUUUGCGUUCUGCUUCUGUCAAUAAUGAAAGUUUUGCUCAAGCUGCUGUUAGACGUAACCUUCACCCGCACCUUAUGCAUAGCUCAGGAUUAUUACAAGGCCAAAUAUCAUAAUAUGUGAAGGCCAUUUCUGAAUCAGAAGACAACACUGUAUCACUCCCAGGGUUUAAAGCUCCCAAGGCGCUUGGAGGUCUAGUUGAGAGUAUCGCAGGAGCUAUACUAAUUGAUACGAAGCUCGACCUCGAUCAAGUGUGGAAGGUUUUCAAUCCUCUGUUAUCUCCCAUUGUUACUCCCGACAAACUUGAACUGCCUCCAU